GGCGUCGCUCUUUAGCGCUCUGACCAAGGCGACUGCUCGUUUUUGUGCCCACAGCGAGCCACCAUGGCCAUGAAGCGCGGCAAAGGGACAGCAUUCCCAGUCGCUCGGAUAAAGAAGAUUAUGCAACAGGACGAAGAAGUUGGCAAAGUAGCGGCAUCAGCACCUGUGGCAGUCUCCAAAGCGCUUGAGAUGUUCUUGCAAGACCUGCUCGAGAAGUCACUCGAACACGCUCGAUCACUCGGCUCACGUAAGAUCACCAACGUUCAUCUAAAGCACGUGAUAACAGAAGUCGAAUCUUUCGAUUUUCUCGCCGAUGCUGUGGCUCAUAUACCCGACGCCGAGGACAAGCCCAAGGGUCGGCCCUCAAAGCGAGCCAAGACGACGAAAGACUCAACUAUGGAUUCAAGCGAGCCUUCGCCAAAGCCGCGUAAAGCCAAACUGGCUGCACCCCGAGCGAUGAAAGCAGACGCAGACGAAGUUAAUGAUGAGCCCAACGGCGAUAGUGAUCCACGAGAUCACGAGUAUCUACCGCCUAGUCUGAGCAAGAUCAUGGGGCCUUCAAGGCCUAUACCUCCGCCCAAAUCUCCCAGUCAAGCGGCACCGCCGGCGAUCAAGGAGGACAGCGAGUCUGAGUCCGAGGAAGACGAGCCUGCACAAGCAGCACCGGUUGCCAUCGUGGCGAGACCGGCCCAAGACGGAGACGGAGCAGACGACGAUUACGAUGAGUAAGAGCAGCGGGCAUGCAUUCGCGAGUUUCCCUUGUCAAAUUAGGUCGAUGCGCGAGUCGCGUUGAGGACUCGCGGGUGUCUUUUCGUUUGGCGACCUCUGCGCCCAUGCUUGCUCCUUUGCUCUGACGUGCGCACGCAUG